GUGCAUUGAUUUGCUAUCAUUAAGUAUACAGGUUUUUUCACCAGUUGCAUUUAUUGUGUUACCGAUCAUAAAAAAGAUUCAAUUUUAUUUUUAAAAAGGAAGUAGUUCAACAAUUGGACAUGCAACUAGCGCAAAUAUGCAGAUCUCCUGGAUCAACGUUUUUAGUUCGAAGUAUGUCAACAAAUUCGAAGCCCCUCCUUUAUUCUUUGUGGUCGAGCUCUUGUUCAUGGAGAGUUCGCAUAGCACUGGCGAUUAAGAAUAUAGAUUACGAAAUUAAACCGACUUCUUUGACGAGAACAGAGAACGAUCAUGCGUAUACAGAUGAAUAUAGAAAAGUAAAUCCCAUGCAGAAGGUUCCUUCCUUAAAGAUUGAUGGACACACGCUGUGCGACUCAGUGGCUAUAAUGCACUACCUAGAGGAAACUCGCCCCCAACCUGCUCUCCUGCCCCAAGAUCCGGUAAAAAGAGCAAAGGUGCGGGAAAUUGUGGAGCUUAUAUGCUCGGGUAUUCAGCCGCUGCAGAAUAUUGCAGUCCUGGACCAUAUAGGCAAGGAUCAGGGUUUGAAAUGGGCACAACAUUGGAUCAACCAUGGAUUUCAAGGUCUGGAAAAGAUACUUUCCCAAUCGGCGGGCCAGUUCUGUGUGGGAGAUGAGCUUACCAUGGCGGAUCUUUGCCUCGUGCCGCAGGUUCGCAAUGCUAGAAGAUAUAAAGUUGACCUGAGUCCAUAUCCAACUAUAGUUCGUUUAAGUCAAGAACUACAACUACUGAAUUUUUUUAAAACCACUCAUCCCAGUACUCAACCCGACUGUCCACCGGAAUUUCUUAAGAAAUAAACAAAUCAUACAAGA